UUGUGUCGGUGUCCCAUGAUCCUCUCUGUGUGUCGGUGUCCCAUGAUCCUCUCUGUGUGUCACCCAGGUGUGCGGCUCGGGGUCAUGAGUCUGGCCUCGUGUUUGUCUGACGGUGUGUUUCUUUGCUCAUGUUUGCUGGAUCUGCUGCCCGAUUAUCUGACCCACGCCAGAGAAACCUUCAGCCGGCUCGGCCUCGCGCUUCAUUUCCCGCUGGCCGAGUUCAUCGUGUCCAUGGGAUUCCUUCUGGUGUUCGUGUUGGAGCAGAUGCUGCUGGCGUUCCGAGAUCCGACGGGCUACGAAUCCCUGGAGAAGCAGGCGCUCGUAGACCCUCACAUGACCCGGAGUCGGGAUCCUCCCGGCCGAUCCUGGACCCGUGAAUCCCUGGAGAAACAGGCGCUCGUAGACCUUCACAUGAGUCGGGAUCCUCCCGGUCAGUCCCAUCGUCUCUCCGGAUCCGCUUCUCCGGAGCACGUGGGUCUGCGUGUGCUGCUGCUGGUGUUCUGCCUGUGUGUGUGCGCUCUGGUCGAGGGUCUGAGCGCCGGAUCCCAGCUGGAUCCCGAACUAAUCCUGCAGAUCGGAGUGACCCUGUUUCUCCGGCAGGCAAUCAUGGCGUUCAGUCUCUCCGUCCGGAUGAGCCACUACGGUCUCCGUCAGGCCGUGGCGUCCGGAUGCAUCUUUCUGUUCUCCCUCUCCUGUCCGGCGGGAAUCGGGAUCAGGAUGGGAAUGGGAAUGGUCGGGGUGACUCCCAGCGAGACGGUUCAGCUGGUCCGAUGUGCCGUGGAGGGUCUGGCGUCGGGGAUCUUCAUCUACGUCUCCAUCGCUGGACUCCUGUGGCAGGAAUCGGCCUCUCCGAAGCAUCGCGUCCACAAAGUCACGUUCCUGCUCACGGGAUUUGCUCUGGCUACUGCCGUUCUCUUCUGUAAAGUCUGAUCGGAUUCGGAGCGCUUGGAUCAGAAAAUGUGCUUUAAAGGUGUUGAAUGUAGCUUUAUCGCUCUACUAAAGCGUAAAAUACCAUAACAUGGCUAAUUUCAUAUAGUUUUUUCUCUGAAAAACACUUCUACAGACAGUUAUUUUACUUAUUUUACACAUUUCAUGUUGUCUGUCUGUUUUUGUUAUGGUCUGUGUGACUCCGCCCACUGUCAGUUCAGCCAAUAGUAUUUAGCCAAUAGAAAACACAGUGUAUUGCAGCCAGCUGACAAACUGGGUCAGAGAUUUCAGAUUCUACCCAACCUAAAAAGUAUUCAUCCAAAAAUCUCUAUGAACGAGAGCGUAUUAAAGCGUGGAUAAUCAUCUCAUCCUCUUGCGUGUGUAAGUCUCUCUGCUCGUUCCUGCCGUGUGUGCUCAAUCUGGCCACCCUUGGGAGCGUCGAGUCUGAGGAGGCGGGGAACAACGAUAUCUGAUAUUUUGAUUUUGGACUGCAGUACCUAUUUCCACCACUAGCUGUCAUUCUCACAGACUGCACCUUUAAAUACACAACAUUUCAAUAAAAGCAGAAAGCACUUCUUUAUCUACUGGAGAAUAAAGUCUUCAUAGAUUUUUAUUUGUACAUUAUCUGCUGUUUGCUUUAGUUUAACUCUCUAUUAGGCAGUUUUAUAUUAAUGUAGGAUAUUGUACAAAGUGCUACAGUAUUUUUUACACAUAUGAUUCUGUAUUCCUGCACAGCAUUAAAUGCAAACACACACAUCU